AUGGAGUUGUUGAGCGUCUCAGGCUUGGAUGAUGCUUUAAGCCCAAGCUUAAUUUUCCUUUUCAGGGCUGCGAGUCUAGACAAAUUUCCGCAGGUCCUCCACACAAAUGCGGCCUCCUCGUCACAGCCAUCUGCGAGGUAUAAAUCCUUCACCUUCAACGAGCACCUCUUUGUGAUAUCCAUUGACAGGGAGUCGGGCAUCCUGAAGGUUUUCCACGUGCCAGAUCCCUCCUCGUCGUGGAACGUCGCCUUUGAGACCACGCUCCCGGAAGAUCCGAGCGAGCGCCAGGACUUUCCACUCAGUCGGCGUGCAAAGCUCUGCAUUUUCUAUGCCAUGGAUCGCACUCCAUACGCCGUGGCAGUGGAGCCCAAGGCGGAGGAGGGCGAUCGGAUAGCUUCGGUUUUCCGGAUUGCGGACCCAGCGAAAGCCUGGGCGCUCUGUGCUGAACGCCCGGCGCUGCCACCCAAGGUGCGGCUCCUCAUGGUGUACACCAAAGCAAGGUCGCCAAACCCCACAGAGUUUGAGGCUUCGCUUUUUGCAAUUGACGCAAACGCCGGAGAGAUGAAGGUCUUCCAGGUUCCCUCCGACAUGGACAAGCCCUGGAACCAGAUCUCUUCUCUGCCGUUUGCGGGCGAUACUCGCCUCAGUUGUAUUUACGUGCCGGGCAAGCCGGAGCCGCUGCUCAUGGCUGGUAGCCCGACGGAGAAAAUGCAGAAGCUCUGCCACCUGAACCUGAUGGAGUGGCGGAUGCACAAGCAGGAUGAGCGAUUGCCGCCGCCGAAGGCGCCGGUCGUGGAGGAGAAGUUCAGUCGGCCUAUGUCCUCGCUGUGGCCAGAGGGCAAAGAUGGCCGGGAUCCGCAGACGGUCGUGGCGCUGCCCAUCGACUGCACUGCAGAUCUUGCAGUGAGUCGGCACACGUGGGUGACGAUGCCAGUCCACCGCGACAUGGCAAAGAACAAGCGUCAGGCAUACGCCGUCAGCGCUAAGGCAGGCUACGACACCGCCGCCGAGUCUUGGUGCACGGGCCGUGCUGUUGCACGUAUCCCUCGUGCCCCUGGUGGCGGCACUCAUCGUGCAGGCCAGGCUGCUUUUGGCAACCAGGCCCGUGGCGGCGGCAUGUUCAACCCGACACGCAUCUGGCGCCGCUGGCACCGCCGAGUGAACGUGACCAAGAAGCGUCACGCCGUGGCCGUUGCCCUGGCAGCCUCCAGCCUGCCCCCACUGGUCAUGGCCCGCGGCCACAAAAUCGGAAAGGUCGCUGAGCUGCCUCUUGUGGUCAGUGACGGCCUCGAGUCCGUGACGAAGACCAAGCAGGCCGUUGAGUCCCUGAAGAAGCUCGGUUGCGCCGAGGAGCUCCAGAAGGUCCUGGACUCCAAGAAGAUUCGUGCCGGCAAGGGCAAGGCCAGGAAUCGCCGCUUUGUGAAGCGAUUGGGACCUUUGGUCAUCUACAACGAGGACAAUGGCAUCGUCCGUGCCAUGCGCAACGUCCCGGGUGUGGAGACGGCCCAUGUGGAUCGCCUGAAUCUGCUGCGUUUGGCUCCAGGCGGCGCCUUCGGCCGCUUCCUGAUCUUCACAGAGAGCGCCUUCAAGAGGCUCUCCGCCAUCUACGGCACCCGGAAGGGCGGCGCUCCGAUGAAGAAGGGCUACACCCUGCCGCGGGCUGCCAUGGCCAAUGCAGACUUGGCCCGAAUCAUCAACAGUGCCGAGGUGCAGUCCGUCCUCCGCCCGAAGAUCGAGCCCCCCACGUUCAGCAAGAAGAGGAAUGCCCUGAAGAGCAAGGAGGUCAUGGAGGAGCUGAACCCAGGCUCCGAAGAGCGGAAGGCGAAGGCCGGCAAGAGCUCCGAGAAGGGCACUGCGGAAUUCAACGAGGUGCAGAAGCAGAAGAAGGCCCGCAUUGAAGAGUCGAAGAAGUACAACAAGACGAACAAGAAGGGUGACGACACUUUCUACAAGACCCUCAUGAAGGCGUUCGAAGCCCGCGCAGCAGCAGAUGCUGCCAAGAAGGCCGCCGAGAAGAAGGAGGCAGAGGGUGGCGAGGAUGACGAGGAGUGA